AUGUCUGUGGAAGGCGAUUCCUACGCUGAAGUAGCCGCUCUUUCCUCUCAGUUCAGCGUUGCCGAUGUGAUCGUCGUAGUGGUGUAUUUUGUCUUAAACUUGUCGGUGGGGAUAUGGUCUUCCUGCAGAGCAAACAGAAACACUUUAAGUGGUUAUUUCCUGGCUGGGAGGAAUGUUGCCUGGUGGCCGAUUGGCGCAUCUCUCUUUGCCAGCAGUGAAGGAUCAGGACUUUUCAUUGGGCUGGCCGGCACGGGCGCUGCGGGGGGCAUAGCGGUGGCUGGCUUCGAAUGGAACGCUACCUACGUGCUUCUUGCAUUGGCGUGGGUGUUUGUUCCCGUCUACGUCUCCUCAGGGAUUGUCACUAUGCCUGAGUAUCUCCAGAAGAGGUUUGGCGGGGAGAGAAUCCAGAUGUAUCUUUCGUCCUUGUCGCUUUUGCUCUCCAUCUUCACCAAGAUAUCUACUGACCUGUACUCUGGAGCCCUGUUUGUCCAAGUCUGUCUUGGGUGGAAUCUCUAUCUCUCCACUGUCCUGAUGCUGGUUGUCACGGCUGUUUACACCAUUGCGGGGGGACUGGCGGCUGUCAUCUAUACGGAUGCUCUACAAACCCUCAUCAUGGUAGUUGGAGCCAUCAUCUUAACCGUAACAGCUUUCGACGAGAUUGGCGGCUACCACAACCUGGAAGAGGCCUACUUAAAGGCCAUCCCGUCUAAGACUAUCCCCAACGCCACGUGCCACCUGCCCCGUCUCGACGCGAUGCACCUUUUCCGGGAUCCAGUCUCUGGAGACCUUCCCUGGACCGGCAUGACGUUUGGGCUCUCGGUUUUGGCCAUGUGGUACUGGUGCACAGACCAGGUUAUUGUCCAAAGGUCUCUCUCUGCAAAGAAUCUCAGCCAUGCCAAGGCCGGGUCCAUCCUAGCCAGCUACUUAAAAAUGCUUCCCAUGGUCCUCAUCAUCAUGCCAGGAAUGAUCAGCCGUGUGCUGUACCCAGAUGCGGUUGGCUGCGUCGACCCCGAUGAAUGCACCCGAAUCUGCGGGGCCGAGGUGGGCUGCUCCAACAUCGCCUACCCCAAACUGGUGAUUGAACUCAUGCCCAGCGGUCUGCGGGGGUUAAUCAUCGCUGUUAUGAUGGCUGCUCUGAUGUCAUCCCUGACUUCCAUCUUCAACAGCAGCAGCGCCCUCUUCACCAUAGACAUCUGGAGGAAAGUCCGCCGGGAAGCCAGUGAGAAAGAACUGCUUCUGGUUGGAAGGAUUGUCACAAUCCUCCUGGUGGUCGUUAGCGUGGUUUGGAUUCCAAUCCUGCAGAAUUCCAACAGUGGGCAGCUCUACAUUUACAUCCAGUCGGUCACCAGCUACCUGGCUCCGCCCGUCACGGCUAUUUUCCUCUUGGCUGUUUUCUGGAAGAGAGCGAAUGAACAGGGAGCUUUCUGGGGCUUGAUGGUGGGGCUGGUUGUUGGCUUGUGCCGGAUGGCCUUGGAGUUUGCCUACCCCGCACCCCCGUGUGGCAUCCUGGACAGGCGGCCUUCCCUGGUGAAGGACAUCCACUAUCUGCACUUUGCCGUCCUCCUCUGCCUGCUGACCGCUGCUGUGGGAGUGGCAAUCAGCUUGCUGACCAAGCCUCCUGCUGAAUCCCAGCUCAAGGAUGUGACUUGGUGGACUCUUCGCCAUCCAGAGAUGCCACGCCCAGACAAGCCCCCUGGGGACAUGACGGAAUCCCGCUUCUGGGCUCGGAUUUGCUGCGUCAACGCCGUCCUCCUCCUCUGCGUCAAUGUCUUUUUCUAUGCUUAUUUUGCUUAAGAUAAUUUCUUUUGUGGGUUUGUCUAAGAGGGCAAGAAGCGGCGGUAGGAGGCUAUGGAAGAGUAGAGAUAAUUGGAGAGAAUGUGAAAGGAAGAGGAGUGUUUGCUACCGGUGUUGCUGUUGUUUUAAAAGAGAUUUUCAGGCACUUGAUGGGGCCUUUGUGUAUUCAUUCAAAGAGGAAAACUUUGGGAUGCUAUACAAUAUUUCACUGGCGAUGACCUUGGAUCUGAUGGCUAGCCUAUAUUGACAUUUUACUUGUUGUAACCAUGAGGACCAGAUUAUUAUUAUUAUUUUUAAAAAAUUAAAGCUGGAAGAUUCAUUUGCAGAAAAGGGCUCUGAGGCUUAAGUAGCCCAUAAAUACCUUUAA